AUGAAGGAAUUAGAAGAUGCAAAAGAUUAUUACUUCAGAUUGAUUGAAAUUGUCAAUCAAAUGCAUGCCUAUGGUGAAAAAGUUGCUAAUCAAAGAAUUGGUCAAAAAGUUUUGAUAAGUCUCUCAGAAAAAUAUGAUCAUAUUGUUGCUGCAAUUGAAGAAUCAAGGGAUCUACAAACCUUGACUAUUACAGAAUUGAUGGGAUCAUGGCAAGUUUACGAACAAAGAGUUGCUAGAAGAAGCGAUGGCUCACUGGAGCAUGCUUUCCAAUCCAAGACUCUUACAAAGGAUGAAGAUUUAUGUUUUAUUGAUAGUGGUUGCAGCAACCACAUGGCAUCAGAUGAAAGUAUUUUUACUGAUCUGGAUUCCUCUAUCAAAACUAAAGUUAAGAUGGGCAAUAGAGAUUUAGUUGAAUCUAGAGGCAAAGGUACAGUGGCUAUCUCAACAAAGAAAGGUACAAGGUUCAUUAAAGAUGUUUUGCUUGUUCCUAGUCUUGAUCAAAAUUUGGAUGAUGAAUGGUUAUUCUUUAUACUCUGA